UGUUCUUCUUCUUCAUGCUCUGUUUUCUGUCUUCUUCUAUUAUUCUUCUUCUCUUCUAUUCUUCUUUCAAUUUUUUUCACUUUUUAAGCGCUCAUUUUUUGCCCUAAACGACUUCUUUUUCUUCUGUUAUCAUGAUACGACUUCUUUUUCUUCUGUUAUGCUCUGUUUUCUGUUUUUUGUUUUCUUCUGUGAAUUAAUUGUUAUUUUUUUUUGGUUGUUGAUUGUAGUAAAUUUAAUUUGAUUAUUCAAUGGCAUCAAGCCAAAAAAGAGAUCCAGCUUGGGCGUAUGGAGUUGCAGUUGGAAAUAAUAACUCAAGAGUGCAAUGUAUCUUUUGUCAAAAAAUUUAUAACGGUGGAAUACAUUGUCACAAGAGACAUCUAAUCGGUGGUUUUAGAGAUGUCAAAGAAUGUCCAAGUGUUUCGGAUACUAUUAAGAAAGAAAUGAGAGAUUAUGUUGAGAAAAAAAUGAGUUAAAAAAUCCAAUGAGCCAUGGAGCAUCUAUGAUUAAUCUUCUUGAUGAAGAUAGUCAAAUGGAUGAGGAUGACCUUGAAGUCAAUGAUAUAAUGAGGCCACCUCCCUCUAAAUCUCAAAGAAAGAAUUCAACAAGCGGAAGUGGAUCAUCCACCGCCAGUAGCAAUAUGAAAGGUCCUCUUAAUCUUUUUUUCUCACAAAAACCAAAUGAAAAGAGAAAGGGUGAAGCUGUUGACUUAGAAUCUUGUAGGAAGAGUUUGAGGGAGCGUGUUGUAGAUGAUUUUGCAAGGUGGAUGUAUGAUGCGGGGCUCCCUUUUAAUUGUGUGAAUUACACCGAUAGUUUUGGUGAAUUCAUUGAGGCUGUUGGCCAAUAUGGCCCGGGAAUGAAGCCCCCUACCUAUCACGAAGUAAGAGUUCCUUGUCUAAAAAUGAGGUGGAGAAGACAGACAAGUUUGUCGAGGAGCAUAAGGCACAAUGGGAAAGCUUGUGGUUGUUCCAUUAUGAUGGACAAAUGGACUGCAAAAAAUGAAAAAAUGGUCAUUAAUGUUUUGGUGAAUUCUCCGAGAGGUAGUGUGUUUCUUGAAUCUUAUGAUGCUAGUGACUCCUCAACCAAUUCCAAUAAAAUGUUCAACUUGUUUGAGAAGACAAUAUUGAAAGUUGGACCGGAAAAUGUGGUUCAAGUUGUCAUUGAUAACGCAAGUGAGAAUAAAAAAGCGGGUGACAUGUUGAAAGGAGUUUUCCCAAAUAUUUAUUGGACUCCUUGUGCUGCACAUUGUAUCAACUUGAUGUUUGGUGACAUUUUCAAUUUAGCCCCAUAUUCUACAGUUUUUGCUAAGGCGAUCAAGAUACAUUCUUACAUUAGUCAAAGGCCGUUGUUGUUGAACAUGAUAAGGAGAUACACAAAACAAAGAAAUUUGGUGAAAUCGGCUAAGACAAGAUUCGCAACAGCUAUCUUGACCUUGCAUAGCGUUUACCUGCAAAAGCAAAAUUUGCGAACCUUGUUCUUGUCAACCGAAUGGAGUGAGAGUAUCUAUGCAAAGGAAACUCUUGGGAAAGAAGUUGCGAGAUUUAUUAUUGGUCCAUAUUUUUGGAAUGACAUUGUUCAAGCACUUAAAGUUGGUAAUCCUUUGGUUAUUGUACUUCGUUUGGUGGAUGGGGAGAAAAAACCACCAAUGGGAUACAUUUAUGAAGCCAUGGAUAGGGCUAAAGAAGCUAUUGAGAAGGCAUUUGAUCAUGAUAGGAGGAAAUAUGAGAGAGUGUUUGAAAUCAUUGAUAAAAGGUGGGAUGAUCAGCUUCAUCAACCUUUACAUGCAGCAGGGCAUAUUUUGAACCCCGGAUUGUUUUACACAAACAAUGAGAACAAGACUUUAGAUUUAAACGUUUGGAAGGGGUAUCAUGCAUGUGUUGCGAAGUUGGUGCCAGAUGAAGCGAUGCAAGACAAAAUAGGGCAAGAGCUUGGUGUGUAUAUGCAAGCCGAUGGAAUUCUUGGAUUAGCUUCGGCCAUUAGAGGCAGAAUCAAAUUGGCACCAGUUAUUAACUUCUAA